CAGAGGCCUGCGUGGAGCCCCAGAUCACCCCCUCCUACUACACCACAUCAGAUGCUGUCAUUUCCACCGAGACCGUCUUCAUUGUGGAGAUCUCCCUGACGUGCAAGAACAGGGUCCAGAACAUGGCUCUGUAUGCUGACGUCAGUGGAAAACAGUUCCCUGUUACCCGGGGCCAGGAUGUGGGCCGUUACCAGGUGUCCUGGAGCCUGGACCAUAAGAGCGCCCACGCAGGCACCUAUGAGGUCAGAUUCUUUGAUGAGGAGUCCUACAGCCUCCUCCGGAAAGCACAGAGGAAUAAUGAGGACAUUUCGAUCAUCCCACCCCUGUUCACAGUCAGCGUGGACCAUCGGGGCACCUGGAACGGGCCCUGGGUCUCCACCGAGGUGCUGGCCGCAGCCAUUGGCCUAGUGAUCUACUACCUGGCCUUCAGCGCAAAGAGCCACAUCCAAGCCUGAAAGCAGGUGCCCUCCAUGCUGCCUUCAAUAAAAGGUCAUUGGCUGUCACCAGCACAUUCAGGA